CUGUUAGCUAAACACGGCUAAAGAAAACCUGCUACCACUUCAGGAUCAUCCAUCAGCUGGGACUGAUUCAUCGUGUGUUCUUCACCACCUGGACCUGGACAGCAUGGACACAGGUGUGAAACAUCUGUAAACGCCAGAUCUGGUGCAGGAAAAUGGCUGAACAGGAAGUGGGGACACACUUUGCCUUCUGCGGUUAUUUUCAACAAUAAGAAGCUUCAGAAGAACAGAGUAGUCGUGUCAACCACCAGCACCUAGAUUUUCUCCACAAAAAGGAGGAACAGGAGAAACUGGUCUAGUAUGGAGGGAGAGCAUCUCCAUUUGAAUAAGGCUACUGAUGCUGCCAGGUUUCAAUCCUUUAGCCAAAAAACACAUUUAAACAAACACACGAGAGUCCAGACAAAGCAGAAACAUUUUGCCUGUGAGCACUGCGGACAAAGGUUUCACCAAAAGACUAAUUUAACCACACACAUGAGCGUCCACACAGGAGAGAAGCCUUUCGCCUGUGAGCUCUGUGGAACGAGAUUUAGCUUAAAGUCAACUUUAAACCAACACAUGAGCGUCCACACAGGAGAGAAGCCCUUUCCUUGUGAGCUUUGUGAAAAGAAAUUUAGAUUAAAGUCAACUUUAAACAUUCACAUGAGAGUCCACACUGGAGAGAAGCCUUUCGCCUGUGAGCUCUGUGGUAAUAGAUUUAGUGAAAAGGGAAGUUUAAACACACACUUGAGCAUCCACACAGGAGAGAAGCCCUUUCCUUGUGAGCUCUGCGGAAUGAGAUUUAGCCAAAAGACUAAUUUGAACACUCACAUGAGAGUCCACACAGGAGAUAAGCCCUUUCCUUGUGAGCUCUGUGGAACGAGAUUUAGCCAAAAGACUAAUUUAAACAGACACAUGAGCAUCCACACAGGAGAGAAGCCCUUUCCUUGUGAGCUGUGUGGAAAGAGAUUUAGCACAAAGAAACAUUUAAACAGACACAUGAGCAUCCACACAGGAGAGAAGCCCUUUCCUUGUGAGCUCUGUGGAACGAGAUUUAGCCAAAAGAAACAUUUAAAUAGACACUUGAGCAUCCACACAGGAGAGAAGCCCUUUCCUUGUGAGCUCUGUGGAACAAGAUUUAGCCAAAAGACUAAUUUAAACAGUCACAUGAGAGUCCACACAGGACAGAAGCCUUAUGCCUGUGAGCUCUGUGGACAACGAUUUAGCCGAAAGACAACUUUAAACAGUCACAUGAGAGUCCAUACUGGAGAGAAGCCCUUUCCUUGUGAGCUCUGUGGUAAUAGAUUUAGUGAAAAGGGAAGUUUAAACAAACACAUGAGAGUCCACACUGGACAGAAGCCUUUCGCCUGUGAGCUCUGUGGUAAUAGAUUUAGUGAUAAGGGAAUUUUAAACAGUCACAUGAGAGUCCACACUGGACAGAAGCCUAUUGCUUGUGAGCUCUGUGUAAAAAGAUUUAGCCGAAAGACAAAUUUAAACACACACAUGAGAGUCCACCCUGGCUUUUCGCCUGUGAGUUCGGUGGAAAAGAUUUACCCAAAAGAUCAGUUUAAACGGUCACAAAAGAGUCCAUAAAGGACAGAAGCCUUUUGCUUGUGAGCUCUGUGGACGAAGAUUUAGCUGAAAGAAAGCUUUAAACAAUCAUCUAAGCAUCCACUAGGGCUGAACGAUCUAUUGCAGGGGUCUCCCACCUUUUUUGGCCCGUGAGCUACUUUUACACAAUGAAGUACAGCAGAGUAACUGCCAUAUGAUUUAUUUACAUUGAUACUUUCCAUGUGAAUAUGCUAAUGUUUAACAUGCUAUACUUACUAUAUUAACAUGCAUUGUACUCACAGGUUGAUUUCUCUGUAUUUCAGUACAUCAGUAUGUAUAUUUUAAAAGUAUAAGUAAACUAGUGACAUUCUGAAAAGCUAAUUAAACAAAACAUAUUUAGUUUUUUAAACUAAUCGGAUACUUUCAGAUAAUGAAUAACAAAUCUACUUCAUGUGAAUGAUUUGGUAAUUUUUUUAGAAGGUUAGUAACAUAACUUUUUAAGCGCACGGGAACAGCUAACCUGUAAAGCUGAUGAUAUUUUAAAUAAAAUACAAGCUAAAUGUGAUGAAAACACAAAAGUCUAAAUGGUUUGAAUUGAAGUAAAAAAUGUAAAAUCAGAAAUAAGACUUGUUCCUGCUCUCCUGAUGUACUGAAUAAUUUUUAUGGUUUUUUUUGGUCAUGAAAGUUAAGUUUUGCUGCGUUUAUUGCUGACAAUAUAUCCUUUUUUCUGCAUCUUGUAGGUUUUUUUCUCUGCACGUCUCUAAAUAAAGUAAAAUGUUCUAGUGCAGAGUGGAGACAACCCAUAGAAGCACUGAUUUGAUCUCAUUUCAGAGAAAAAUAGAACAGGUUAGAUUCACCUAAUAAAUAAAAUUAUAACAAACUCAGGAAUCUGUUUCUUUGCUUCACUGUUCUGGUGCUGAGAAUAUCACUAAUGCGGCUCAAAGGAGAUCCACAGAUGAAUGCACCUCUUAUUUAUUAUUUGGAGACUACAUUUACUGCAGCUGGCAGAGGCAGAGAUUUUUUCUAUUGAUACACGAAUUUACAGAAUCAUUUUAAAUGUUAAUAGGGGAAGACUGCAGGAGGACGCGGUAAAAUACAGGGGGUCCCCAGCAAAAACAAACUUUAUGAUGAAACCCGCUGGUUUUCCAUCAGGCAGUCACGGGGCAGCUCCAACGACCCAGUGGCUGUGCUGGGUCAAUGUUAUCGAGCUCAGUAGAGGCGACGUCGUGCUCUGCUUGAAGAGGUGUUAUUUUCCCGCUUCAGAAGAAGCGUCCAACGUGUUUUUACGCUUUCUCCGAGACAUGUCACUUCGCUAAGUUGUUAGCGCCGCGCGCUAACCCGUCAAUAGUGCAGCGUAGCCUGCUGGAGGUUUUAAGGGUUCAGAUGAAACACCCGACCUCUCAGGCUGCUCACACAUCGAUCUUAAGUUGUCACUGUUGCGCUCACGCCGUAAUACAGUAUUAGAUGCGGUUAAAGUCAGACAUGAAAAAAUAAAUAAAUUUUACAUGAAUAAGUGAUGCUUAUCCUGGUCGGGAGAGGAAACCCUGUCAAGAUCGUCAACGCUCGUUUAUCUUAAUGCUAUUGAAACAUGUAAACCAAAAAGCAUUAUAUCCACUGCUACCUUUAUGCUGUAACUUCACCCUGCCCUGCCUGCUCCUCCUUGCUGCCCGCCGGCUGUGAUCACAAGCAACAACAUAGUAGUUCCUGCUGCUUCCUCGGGAAACAGCUGAAAAAAAACAUAAAACUUGGGAUCUUGUAGGGGUGGCGGUGGGAUUUCAGCCUUGGCUGGCCGCCACGGCUACACCUAUGUAAGGGAAACCCUGGUGUAGUUAUUGUGUAAAGCAGUAUUUACGAGGAAUGAUUAAUAAAAAUAAAAACUAGAAUUGAACCUGAGUUACAUAGUAAUAACAAUUUAAGAACUCAGAAACAAUAAUACACUAACUUACUAAGUAAUUACCAUGUAAGUACUAAGUAAUUAGAGGACUGUAAAGGAAAGCGCUACCAAUAAUUGUACUUAAUAUGCUUUUAUGUUUGUGUGCUAUGUUCUGUGUCAAUAUUCUUUGAUUUUAUUUUACACAACAUGAUGUGACAUUUUAACUAUUUCAUUUCACUUGUGAUUGUUUUAACUAUGUGAAGCACAUUGGGCUACCGUUUUGUGUAUGAAAUGGGCUAUAUAAUAAACUUGACUUGAGAGAGA